CCUCGCAUUUAUUGCCUUUGCCUAGUCAGUUUUACGACCAUGUCCAUUAUCCCGAGAAUUCAUCACACGCACUGUUCAUCAUGACCCUUACAACCAGCGUCCGGCAGUUUGGGAUCCGUUCCAAGAAUUCCGGUACGGAGAAGCAACCUAGUUACAACGACUGUUCCGCCUGUUUUCCCGGCCGAAUCACGGUUCGAGCUGACAAAGCUGGACUGGAAGAAACCCCGGAAGCUCACGUGUUCGUAGCUGAACUUCCGGAGCUUAAGAGGAACGAAGUGAAGGUGGAAGUGGAGGAGGGGCGAGUGCUCAGCAUCCGCGGCGAGAAGCGCGGAAAAGAAGUGAGCGGCGACAUGUGGCAGCGCGUGGAACGUAGAAGCGGGUCGUUCGUGAGGAGUUUCAAGUUGCCGGAGAGCGCGAAGGAUAAGCUGACGGCGUGUCUGGAGAACGGAGUGCUGACCAUCACAGUUCCUAAGAAAGAGGCCAAACACUACCCUAAAAGAAGCAUUGAGAUCCAUGGCAGAGAGUGAUCCCUUUCAUGAGAGAAAAUCUUGAUGAUCUUAUAUAAAUAAAUAAAGAACUUUCAUAUGAAUGCUUUGGUGUGCUCCUCUUAAUGUCUGGUUUUAGUUCC